AUCCACAUCCGUCAACAUGUCUUUUACAGAAAUCUGUGGUGUUAAAACAUGAUGUAUGGCACGGACAAAACCCUCUCAUACUGCCACUUAUGCGUAUUUGUGAACUGGCGACUGCCUGUCACCCUCUCUUUCUCUCUCCAUAUGCUUAAAGUUCUUUCUUUUCUCUCUCUAUCUUCAUCUUAUGAAUGAUGACUGGUAAUGGGUGACCGACAAAAUGCUUUGGCCUUUGAGUAUUCAUCAUUCGCCUCCAUUUUUCUUAUCCUACUAAACAAACCCAACUCACAAAGCUACAUUUUUUAUACCCUUUUCUAUCUUUAGAGCCUCUGCACCUGGUUUCUUAUUCUCUGUCUUUUGCCUACCGGAUAAUGUAAAACCAGUCAAGUUUUAGCUAAGUUCCCUCUAAAAAACUUUUUUUCUUGAAAGAUGGCCUUGAAUAAGUUCUUGAGUCUGUUUCUUAUCAAUAUUGUUCUGCUCUUGAGCUCGUGUUUUGCUGAAGAUCCCUUUGUUUUCUAUGAUUUUGAGGUCUCUUACAUCACUGCUUCUCCUUUGGGUGUUCCUCAAGAGGUUAUUGCUAUUAAUAAAAAGUUCCCUGGCCCUACUAUCAAUUCAACUACUAACAACAACGUCGUCGUCAAUGUUAGAAACAAAUUGGACGAGAGUUUACUCAUGCAUUGGUCUGGGAUUCAACAGAGGCGUAGUUCAUGGCAAGAUGGGCUACCGGGGACUAAUUGUCCUAUUCCUCCCAAGUGGAACUGGACUUACCAGUUUCAAGUUAAGGACCAAAUUGGGAGUUUCUUCUACUUCCCAUCACUGCAUUUCCAACGAGCGGCUGGUGGUUUUGGCGGCUUUAUCAUAAACAACCGUGAUAUUAUUCCUAUUCCUUUUGAUGCCCCUGACGGGGACAUUACGAUUUUAAUAGGUGAUUGGUACACACGUAACCAUACGGCAUUGAGGAAGGCACUUGAUGCUGGAAAAGAUCUAGGGAUGCCAGACGGAGUUCUUAUCAACGGCAAAGGCCCUUACCGAUAUAAUGAUACUCUUGUACCUGAUAGCAUCGUUUAUGAAACGAUUAACGUCCACCCAGGGAAAACUUACCGCCUUCGUGUGCACAAUGUGGGAAUAUCAACCACGUUGAAUUUCAGAAUUCAGAGCCAUAAUUUGCUUAUCGCGGAAACUGAGGGGUCGUAUACGGUGCAGCAGAACUACACUAGCUUAGACAUACACGUCGGACAGUCUUACUCUUUCCUGCUAACUACAGAUCAGAAUGCAAGUAGUGAUUACUACAUUGUAGCUAGUGCACGGUUCGUGAAUGAAUCACAGUGGAAACGAGUUACCGGUGUCGCUAUUUUACGUUAUUCAAAUUCCAAAGGAAAGGCAGCUGGUCCUCUCCCUGAUCCACCGCAAGAUGAAUUCGACAAAACCUUUUCAAUGAACCAAGCGAGAUCUAUCAGGUGGAAUGUAUCUGCUAGUGGUGCUCGCCCUAACCCACAGGGAUCCUUUAGAUAUGGUUCAAUCAAUGUGACCGACAUUUUUGUGUUGAGAAACAAGCCACCUGUGACUAUUGGUGGAAAACGACGAACAACGCUCAGUGGGAUAUCGUUUGCCAAUCCUGCUACACCGAUCCGGCUUUCUGAUCAGUUCAAGCUUAAGGGAGUAUAUAAGCUUGAUUUUCCUAAAAGACCACUUACAGGUCCACCUAAAAUGGAGACAUCGGUAAUCAAUGGAACGUAUAGGGGAUUUAUGGAAGUGAUCCUACAGAACAAUGACACCAAGGUGCAGACAUAUCACUUGAGCGGAUAUGCAUUUUUUGUUGUCGGAAUGGAUUAUGGUGAGUGGUCUGAAAAUAGCAGAGGCACAUAUAACAAGUGGGAUGGCAUUGCCCGCUCCACAACACAGGUUUAUCCUGGUGCAUGGACAGCAAUCUUGAUAUCACUCGACAACGUUGGAGUCUGGAACCUUAGAACAGAAAACCUCGACUCGUGGUAUCUUGGCCAAGAAACAUAUAUCAGGGUCAUGAAUCCGGAGAAAACGAACAAAACCGAAUUCCCUAUGCCAGACAACGUCCUCUAUUGUGGCGCCCUAAGCAAAAUGCAGAAGCCACAGGAUAUCUCUUUCGCAACAUCAAUCACAGGCAGUAGAUCAAAACUGUUUGUCACGGUGCUGAUGCUUGCCUCUGUACUUCUCCUUUUCCGCUAGUUGUUCUCUUUCAGGGUGUCGGUUCUUGUCAUAUCCUAGUUUGUCACGAAAGGUUUGGGUCUGUGUGUUAAUUUCAGGUGUGUAAGUAGUCUUGUUGAUAUGAAUCUUGGGUGAUUUUGACAUGUAUUUUGUUCUGUUCUUGUUUAAUUUAUGAGGGACAUCAUUCUUUCAAUACCUAUAAUUUAUGUACUGCUGACAAUUCAUCAAAAUUUCAAUA